UUGUGUUUCUUCUUCCUACGUGCUGUAACAAAUUGAACAUUACAAUUAUAUAUAUAUAUUUUUUUCUCGAAUAUUAUUAAAUUUCUAAUUUCUCCAAUGAGAACAAUUUUCGAACGAACAAUUAAAUUAAAUUGACAACUAUAAAUUUAACGAUAUCUUUUUCGAUCAUCGAUCGAGCUACAAAAUCGGAUACCGUUUCUAUGUCAUCGGAGAUGCACCAGAUAACGCAAGUCAUUGGAGGCAAAAAGGAAGCGCUCCUUAUUAGUCACGUUCGCGAAAUGAACAAGAUAAUAAGGUGAACUGGAGUGGAAAGCAUUUAUGGUUAUUGCGUUGACCACCAACUGUGUGCUGUGAACGACCGUGCUUUCGCGUUAUGAUGCAUAUUAGACGUCGCUAAUGAGCUCGUGUAACAACAUUGCCGCGCAACUGUGCAAUUAACACGUUAUCGUCGACGCGGUUUCAUCAUUUAGAACGGUAAAUAAUUUCUAAAAUUCUUGAUUUUUCGCGAAAGGAAUUUUAUAUUUUUAAAAUAUAUAUAUAUAUAUACGCAUCGUAUUACCUCGUAUCCCGUCGAAUGGUGAUCGAGUUACAGGAAGAACGGUGCCCGCAACGUUGAAAAUUCCAUCACCGAUCCAAUCCGCGGGCCUUCUCCAAUUUUCCAGCUUCCAUCUUUCCUGUAUCAUGGUGGCCUGCGUGGUUUCCGCCGUGGUCAACAGAGGCAGGAAGAGCAACGGAUACAUCAACAGCAGCAUUCCUUUCUAUAUAUAUUCUAUGAUAUAGGAACUUGACGACGAAACAGCACCACCCUCGUUUCUCAAGAAAUUCAAUUUAUCACUUCGAUCCACUUUCGGAAAGAAAAGAAUUACGCGAUUACAUCCUAAAAAAAAAAAAAAAAAAAAAAUUACGUCUCCCAAUCGUGAGAUCGAUCGCGAGAAGAAAAGAAAGAAAAAAAAAAAAACAAGAUCUAUUGCGUAUAUAAUUAUAUAUCUCACCAUCGAACAAUUAAUUUAUCAUAAAUAUUUUUAUCCAGAGAGAAUUCUCGAGAGAAGAAGAAAGCAGACGAGUAGAGCACCGUCCAGUCGGCAAAUGAAAUGUUAACUGACAUUCGCCCUAGGCCGGACCAUUAGUUUAUAUAUAGGUGGGACGUGAAAAGGCCAGAGAAGGAGACCACCAUCUAACUCGGUACUUGACGCGUGACGAAAAAUACACUGUCCAUUCCACCUCCGUCUUCUCUUCUCUUCUCUUCUCUUCGAUCAUUGGCCACGAUUGGUCCCCAACGGAACAUUUCGAUCGACGACAAUGGGACGCGACACGCUCCCGUGAAAAAAACGCCACGAGACCGUGCGCCAUCCGUUAAUUACUGCCAUAUUUCACAGUCGAGAAAUUAAUCCAUUUUGAGAGGAUCUGUCUCGCCAAUAUGAAAGAUUCUUUUCUGGUAAAGUUUUGGUAAAGUUUGGCAAAGUGAGAACUCUGUUCUCGAUGAGUUUUUUUAAUUCUGAAGAUUUCUGAACGAGAAGAUUUUUCGAGGUGGGAUUUUUCAUGUCGGAUCCUCACGAAUCUCUCUUCGCGUUUUCGCUCGAUCGUUUGGUUAAGAUGCGUGAAACGGAAUUGUUUAAUAACACGCGAGAGGCGGAGAAUUAAUUAUCUUCACGAUGCCGAGUCGGUGAACGAUUUGAAGAUACGAGGGAGAGCUUUCGUGAUUAUACAAAACAUUGGAUCUGUUUAUCGUGCGAAUCGUUCGAGCAAAACGGAGGGGAAAAUUUUAUCUCAACGGAAAGUACACGCGUUUAAUUUUUACUCGUGAUUUCUUUUUAAGAUUUCCAUGAUCUUUAACGUUAUUCAAUAUCGCACGAUCGAGUGAAGAAAAAUAAUGUUGCAUAAUGUGGAAGUUGGAUAAGGAUCGUUUCUUGUUGAAAAACCUUUCAAUCAGAUUAUUUACAACUUCGUGAAGUGUCCCGUUUUUCUGAACGCGGAACGAAUGAUCAAUUCGAUGGAGAUCGGGCGAAAAAAGAAAAAAGACCGACGAUCCUAAUUGAGUUCUUUCUGAAAAGAAAAAUCUCUCUGAUCGUUCUGGUUUAUCGCGCCGCUUUCGACGCUUUUUGCGGGUGUAUCCGUGGACAACACCCGACCGUUACAUUUCUUUGGAAAUAAAACUGCGAUAUCGAUCGAGUUACGCGCGGCACGCAACGGGCAAGAGACAAAGAACGCAGAAAGAGAGGGACCGCAAUGAUGACAGUGAUUUUGCAGGCAUAGUAGAAUUUUCGUCCUCCCAUUUUUCCUUUAUACUCCUCUUCCCCUACUUUUUAUUCCGUGUCCCGUUUCUCGCGCAAUUAUUCGCGUCACCGUGUUCACGCAGGAAGCUACGAAAUUACCCUUGCCUUCCUCGUGGAACGUUGCAACGCUCUUUCACCUGCCACUUGAAUAGGAGACUGGGCAAAACUUUGCGCUCGAUUCGUACGCACGAAGGGGAUUUCGUGCGACACGGCAUCUCCGAUGUUUAGACGCCUCUUUUUGUUUAUCUCGUGAACACAGAUUUUUUUCAAUGCAAUUUUUUCGGCCGAGUUCUCGAUCGAAAUUCGGUCACUGUAAUUAAACGAUUUCCAUUUUACUCCGUUUUUUAUCGUUCGGUGGAAUUAUCGAACUUUUGAAAUUGAACUUUUAUCGAAAGUUCUUUUCACCGUUCCAGUGAAAUUGUAUCUGGUCUACAGAUAAUAUUGUUACUUUUCUAACGGUAUACGCGACCAAUCAUUUUCACAAAUUUGAGUAUCGUCGAGAGAGGCGUAUGAUGGGAAACGGUCUAGGAAAGUGUUUUUAUAAUCUCAAUAUUUGCGUGACAUCGAGAGCCGCAUUUGUCAAGGGAGACAGCUUUCUAACAAUCAUUUAUCCGCGUUUAAAGCGAUCGACACGAAGAAUUCCGUUUUCAUGCAGGUUUCAUUUCAGAACGCGAUAAACUGUAUCGCGUGCAGUGCGUCGAUUUUCACGAUUCCAGGAACUCCGUGCUAGAAACCUCUCUUAGUAUAUUAUUUUCAACACAAAAGUGGAACGACUGCGGAACAUCUUUUCCAAACAUGGCCCUUACAUUUUUUAAUUAUCGAUCAUUUUAUAAUCGUCAUUCUAUAAAUAAUUUUCAACUUAAAUUUAAAUAUAGAAUUCCAUUUUCAUAGAAAAAAGUCAUAAACAUUCUUCAAAAAUUGCACCAUUUAAUCCAAUUCGAUGAUGAUCAUUCUAAUUUCCACUUUCUUAAAUUUCAACGAAGAGUUAUCAUCUCAAAAGAUUUUCAACUUUCCUUAUAUUCCAAAAAAAAAAAAAAAAUACGAGCAAUUAACCAUUAUUUCUUAAAUUUACGACCAUCGCAGAUUUUCAACCUUUCCUCUUUCUUUCACAUCCCUUCUCCAAUCCCAAUUCCAAUCCCCCCUGCUAUAAAUACCCAAGCGAUCAUACGUUGAUGGGUUGGAUCCACCUAAACCCGCGGGUUCCGUUCAUCGAUUCCUCCAUCAUCGCUCGACCACUUGUCAUCGGCCCGGUUAAACAGCGUAGCGUAACUAAAAAAGAAUCACGUCGCAGCGAUUCACGUCGCGGUGUGUGAUUACGCGGUGCGGGAUCCAGCGCUCCACCCCCUCAUUGUCCUUCCUUCCUUCCUUCCUUCCUUCGUUCGUUCGUUCGUUCCUUGCUCGCUUGGAACGCCGGGGCGAUCCCCUUUACCGUUCGACGAUGUAACCUGACACAUAUAUCGCCGGCAAUCGGGAUCAUAGAGCUCGUGCCGCGCUCAUAUAUUGCCGCCACGUCGCACGGUGCUCAUUUUUCACGGACUGUCGAUCCUGCUGGUAACUGAAGCGUGCCCGCCGCGGUACCCUGGCCGGCCACAGCCCCUCCGACAGAUCGUUGCCGAGGAAUCAAGAGCGCAUCAGUUAGCUCGCGGUCGCGGUUGCUCGCUGUUGCACUCACUCCUCCGUCACCGAUACUUCGAAUUUGCAUUUGCGAAGUAUUUAGAGUGUUUUAUUUUAUUUCUUUAUUUAUUUUCCCCUCUCCAAGUGUUUAGAGUUUUUCGUUGGGAGUAGAGACUUGUAAACGAGUUAUACGAUCGGUGGAUGUUAGACGAGGAAUACACGGAGAUAAGAAAGAUUUUUUUUGAAACAAUUGAGAUGAAUAAUUAAGGAAAGUCAUGGUGUGGCCAGUCUGUCGUGAUCAAGAACGUCGUAAGCCGGAGGUAUUUUUAAACGUAUUUUGGAGGAUGUGAAUUGAGAGCCGUGUUUAAAUCGUGGACGAUGAAAUCGAGAGUGAAUCUAGUCGCGAUUUUGUUGACUUUGAGCUGCGUGGCGCGCGUAUUGGAAGGAUCGAAGAGUGACGAGAAGCAUGCGAGUCACAAGGAGUAUUAUCCAGUCGGGAAGAAGGUUGUCAAGGAGGUUCACAACAAGGUUGCAUCUCAAAGCGCUGCUCUUCAGCGGAUGGAAGAUAAAACUAAAAUUCUGAGGAGCAAGAAUACCGGUUUCGGUUUGUCGAAAGACUUUCAUGGACCAGACCGUCCACGCCGAAAGAAGCGAAAGAUGGACCGCACGAUGAUGGCGUUGCUGAUGGCGUACAAAUUGAAAUUCGUCGCUCUGAUUCCAACACUGGUCGGAGGGCUAAUCUUGUUAAAAGCUACCGCGCUACUUGCAGGCUUCUUCUUCGCCCUGUUCGCCGCGGUUCUCGGUCUGAAAGUGAAGUGAACGAACCUAUUUCACGAGACGAGAACACCGUGAUUAUCAAAAGUGAGGCCGAUAAUAAUACUGAUUUCGGUAAAACUGAUAGCCGCAUCGCGGUUAUUUUGAGGUUAUGAUCACGUGGGCCGCGCGCAUGCGCAAUGCGACCCACGUGAUCUCGAAUCGAAGAUUUAAGGCGUAAGAAUGUAAUAUAUUAUUGUAUUCUCGUAAUCUGGUGUAGCUAAAGAAUAAGCGUUGGAAACGAUUAAAUCGUUGUGUCUUCCUUAUUCACGUCGAUUACUGCGCGUCUUUUUUAUUCGAUCUCAGGCUCGAUCCAUCCAUCCAUGGAGGAGUCUGUUAAAUAAGUCAAAGAGGGGUUAAUAUAAUACGUAUCAUAACGAUAAAUGCGAUAAAUGGCGUUCGAUAAUAAAUAACUUCUUAUCUGUUAGAAUAAGGGCCCAGAUACGAUCGAUAAUAUUGUUUUAACGACGAGAUAAAUGGAAAUAAGAAUGUUUAUGCUCGUAGUGGAGAAAUUAAAUUGAAAUUCUGUAUCUUUUUGUCAGGUACACUUUGCGCAUUUUUUUUUUUUUUUAUUUUUUGCGUAAAUGCAUUAAACUUUAAGUAUCGUCGUUAUCUUUAACGAUAUUAUUGAUCAUUAUUGGGUCUGGGUCUCCGUAGGUUAAUUGAACUAUUAGGGAAACGAAUACGAAAGAGUUCGCCUUGUUUGCAAUUGGGAGAAAACAAUUGCAAAUAAUACGUAAAAGUAAUUUUCUCUGUUUGCAAUUCGUUUCGAACACAAAAAUGCCUCGACUCGGUUCCGUUAGAAAUUCGCAUGCGUGGAGAUAGUUGUGCGGUUAUUAUCGUGCCGAAUGGAUUCUUGGUUGACGAGGAACGAAAAUGAGUGGCAGUUGUAAUACACGAUGCACUUGAUUAUCGCGUGACGGUAUUUCUUGAUAAAUGUCGCUAACGUUCGCAUUAUGUACUUGUCUGAUAAUUGCUCUUGUUGGUUUCUCAUGUUGGAAGAAAAAAAUUCAGUUCAAUUAAGGCUUCGAUUUCACAAAUUUCACAAAUCCUCGUCCAAUAUUAUGAUUAUUUAAUGUUAUUUGUGGAGCAAUAUUUUGAUAAAAAGAAAGAAAAAAUAAGACGCAAGUCGCAAAG